AUGUCGAGAAGUUUUCUUGUGGAUUCCCUCAUCGGGAACAACUCACCGCCAACGUAUCCGCUUCCCUAUUAUGGUAACCAACUACCAAACUACAUGUUCAACUUUUUCAAUCUGGGCCUGGGAUAUCAGCCAGUGAGACCUGUACCGAGACCACCAGCUCUACCUGUACCGGUACCGCUGAGCCCACCAGCUGUCAUGGGGCUUCCAUUAUCUGGUCAAAGUCCACCGUCGUCUCUCAAUGCCUCGUUUACAAGAAUAUCAGAAUUACCUCCGACGAACGAUUCAUCAUCUCGUAAUAGUACGCCUACACCACCACCAGCAUCUCCAAAUUCCCUGAACAAUAGCUCAAAGAGGAUUCGUACUGCAUUCACGAGUACUCAGUUAUUGCAGCUUGAGCAGGAGUUUGCUAGCAACAUGUACCUCUCGCGUUUGCGUAGGAUUGAAAUAGCAACGAAAUUAAAACUUUCGGAGAAACAAGUGAAGAUAUGGUUUCAAAAUCGUCGAGUUAAGUACAAGAAGGAAGAAUUACCAACAGGACAGAGUUCAAAAUGCUGUUGCUUGAGAACUUGUGGUAAGAAGAAGGACGGCUGCCCUGAUGAAUCGAGCAAGUGUGACAAUGAUAGUUCAUUGAGGGAUGAGAGUGAAGAGGACAUUGGCGAUGGUAAUGCUGAUGUCAAGACAUCGUCAUUGGAAGUCAAACGAGAGCUUAGAGCAUCACCUGUAAUGGAGGCCUCUUAUCCUAAGCUACCCAACUAUUACGAUUAUCAAGGCGACGCAUCGGAACUUGGAGAACUUCCAUCGAGGAAAAGAAAAGCUGACCAUUUAGAGCCUUACUUCACUCACAUAACCAAAAAGUCUAAUGUUAGGGGAGGUUCAUGUACUGAGCACACGGUUGAGAAUAUCGUCAACUCAUGAAUUAUAAAAUUAUUGACAACUGUUGAGAUUUUUCAUAAUACAAUACUCAGUGACACACCAGUUUUGUAUAUUUUUGUAUAUUGUAUAAAUUAUUCUAAAGAACUUUAAGACUGUAUUUUUAGAUCAGUUUAUGCCAUGAUGAGAAUUGAGUAGAUAUAUCGAACAACUAGCCUGAAUGGAUCCUUCUGAUUAAAAAAAAGUUGAA